AUUUUCGAGCGUGACAGCUCCAAUCUUAUCCGUGCAACCUCUGGCUUCUCUCGCGAUCGUGCCGCCCGCCGAGAUUCCUCUUCCCAGCGCUCUGCAUAUCAUUCUUCAAACCAUGGAUUGCUCCUGCCGAACUGCAGCCCUGAGGAUUUUUGUCAAGAGCGUCGCGCAGGUUCACGUUCCUGUUCGCGCAAAGACGCCCCGCCUGGCGCAAUACCAAGCCCAGGUCCUCUACUACCAACCCGGCUGGCUCUGCAAACAGAGGGCGGCCUCCGCCCUUCCCUCCGCGCCACGAGCCUUGCACACUUCAUGCGUCAGGAACGGCGCAGCGACAGCCGCGCAGGCCGGCGAAGGAGACGUUCAAAAUUCGAGCGAUCACGAGGCCGCGAGGGUGACGGAGACGAAACCUCCCGUGUCUGAACAGGCGGCCGACCGCUCCAAGGAGACCAAAACCCAAGACGCUGGCCCAGAUCCCACGAGCGCAGCCUCACAGCAGGAAAAGACCGCGGAAACUGGGCUCAAGAGCUCGGAAAAGAAGGCUAAGAAGGACAAGAAAGAAAAGAAAUCCAAGCCCAAGGCCGAGGACGAGGACGAAGAUGCCAACCAUCCUCCCCCGAAGAAAAAAGAGCCCUGGAUGAUCCAGAAGGAGGCGCUGAAGAAGAAAUUCCCUGAGGGCUGGAACCCGCGGAAAAAGCUGUCGCCCGACGCGCUCGUCGGCAUUCGCAUGUUGCACAAGCAGUUCCCCGAAGAAUACACGACAGAGGUGCUGGCACAGAAAUUCGAGGUUUCGCCUGAGGCGAUCCGCAGGAUUCUCAAGUCAAAGUGGAACCCGGAUCCCGACGAGGAGAUGGAUCGACAGCGAAGAUGGUUCAACAGAGGCAAAAGGGUCUGGACGCACUGGGCCGCGCUGGGCAAGAAGCCGCCGAGGAAGUGGCGCGCCGUGGGCAUUGUCCGCGAUCCUUCCUGGAACAUCCCGAGGGGCCCGACGCACAAAGACAAGGCAGCUCGUGCCGAGGCGCAACGGAGGCUUGCGAAGGGCAUGCUGGGGUGACCUCCUAACGGGUCGGGGAGACACGAGAAGAGAGGCAUCGUUGCGCUUUCGCGCACUGGUUUGGCACAUGCGCAUGCUGGCAGGCUUGUCAACUAUUAUGGUCUCGUAAGAUGCGCAUGUAUGAAUAUGGACUGUACGAUAUUGAACCUCUCCAUCACCUCAGAUCCCGCAAUACAUGACAACUCAGUGUGACCUGAGCUCCCGUCAACAAUCCAACCCUCCAUUCCUGGACCCUCGUCCGGCAUUCAGGGGCCAAUAGACGCACGCCCGGUUCGCUGUGCCAUUUUGGUGCAGGCCAGGCCCGUGCUACACUGCAGUGUGAUUAGUGAAUGCAACCUCGCGGCUCGUCGCUUAAAGUCGCCCACAGGGCAUCCUGAGCUGAACUCUUGCUUGAUC